AUGUCUCCUGCUGCCCCCAGCCAUGCCCUUACCUGCUGGCCCAGCAAUGGGCAUGGAGGUGGAGGCUGCAUGGCUGGAGCACAGCUGGAGUGCUUGUUAGCCACCUCGCUAAGUAUUAAUCACACCAACCUGCUGGCCAGCCCCGUAGCUACAGCUAUCAAAGUUGGGGGUGUAAGAGAUUUCCAGACUGCUGCGAUUGUCAGCCGUGCUGUGGCAAGGAGGAUUGAGGUACAGGUUCCUACCUUCUAUUUGCUCACCGUCAGAGUUAUAAGAGUUAGAAAUCUUCAAAACGCUGAUGUAUUGAGCCCAAGUGAUUGUUAUGUAACGCUGAGGUUACCGACAGCUUGCAUGGAUGAUGCCCGAACCAAAACCUUCUCAAACAGCAGCAAUCCAGUCUGGAAUGAAACUUUCUUCUUUAGGCUCCAGAGUAUAGUUAAGAACAUCCUAGAACUAAAAGUAUGUGAUGACGAUAGUCCUUUCAAUGAUGACCAGCUUUGCACAGUUCUUUUUGAUACAUCUUAUCUCCAGCCCGGAAAAACACUUUGCUACAGUUUUGCAUUGAAUGGAAAGACUGAUGAGCGGCUGGAAGUGGAGUUCACCAUGGAAUGCAUGCAAAAUACGGUUGAACGCCUUGCUACAAAUGGUGUACUGGUGUCUCGGGAACUUUGCUGUUUAAAAGUAGAAGUGUGUGGAAGACGAAGGAGGAAGACAAGGCAAAAGCGAUAUUUCACAUUUAAAGUGAAAGGGUCUGGUGAAGACACUCAGGACAUUGUACUACAUUCACGAUCCCCAGUUUCUACUGUGUUCCAUUAUACCAAGUACUGUCAUCCCCAAAUGGAAAUUCUGCUGCCAAAGAAUUCCAUUUCUUCAUGUUGUUCCUCAAAUAAGGGAAUAAAGGAUUCUAUGACUGUACCUUUGAAUCGACUAACCACGGGAGAGAGAGUAAGAAUAGCACAUGACAAAGCUUAUGAUAUAUUUGUGACACCAGAAAACUGUCAGAAGGACCUAGAUGUGCGCUUGGGAUAUGAUCUAUGUGCAGAGGAGCAGGAUUUCAUCUGUAAGCGGAAGAGAUACGUUGCUGCUGCGUUGAAAAAACUUCUACAUCUAAAAGAAGAUCUGUAUGAUGAUGAGGUCCCAAUAGUGGCUGCAAUGACAACAGCAGGUGGCGUGAGAUCAAUGACAGCGAUGUAUGGCAGUGUACGAGCUCUUCAGAAGCUGAAUGUCCUGGACUGCAUUUCAUAUAUUACUGGUUUAUCUGGCACAACAUGGACUAUGGUAAAUUUGUAUGACGACCCAGAGUGGUCAAGCAAGGAUAUAGAUGGUCACAUUUGUGAAAUUCGACAACAUGUGGUGAAAAGUAAAUUGUGCUGUUUUUCUGGGAAGAACUUGAAAUACUAUGGAAAAGAAAUGUGCCAGAGGCAGCAAGAGGGUCACAAGAUAACAUUUUCAGAUCUCUGGGGACUCUUUAUUGAAACCAUGCUUCGUGAUAAGCCAAAUCCCCACAAACUCUCCAGUCAACGACAGGCAGUGAAUUGGGGUCAGAACCCUCUCCCCAUCUACCUUGCUCUUAAUGUCAAAGAAAGUUAUAGCACUCUUGAUUUUAAAGAGUGGGUAGAGUUCACACCCUAUGAAGUAGGAUUCCCAAAAUAUGGAGCAUUUGUUCGAGCUGAAGAUUUUGGAAGCGAGUUCUUCAUGGGUCAUUUAAUAAAGAAGAUCCCAGAAUCUCGACUCUGCUACUUGGAAGGCACGUGGAGUAAUAUAUUUUCCCAGAAUAUGCUGGAUGCCUUAUAUUUAUCAGAAAAUUCAGAGGACUUCUGGCACACAUGGACGAGAGACAGAGUGAUUGAUAUUGAUGAAAAUACUUAUCCUACUCUUCCUAAGAGGCCAAAUGUGCAACGAACACGGCUCUUCAUCCCCAGUGGAAGUCUCAGCAAAGUGCUUAGAGAUGUUGUAACGAUGCGCCCAGUGGUUUCACAUUAUCAUAAUUUUAUGAAAGGCCUGCAGAUGAAUAAUAAAUACUUAGAGAACCACUGCUUUUCUACCUGGAAAGAUACUGUACUAGAUUCUUCUCCCAAUCGACUGACUGAGACACCAGACUAUCUGGAACUUGUAGACACGGCUUUCUUCAUCAAUACUAGCUGCCCACCUCUUCUGAGGCCAGAGAGGAAAGUGGAUCUUAUUUUGCAUUUGAAUUACAGUGGAGGAUCACAGACAUUGCCAUUGGACUUAUCUAUGAAGUACUAUGCAGAGCAGGGUAUCCCAUACCCCAAGACUGUGCUGAGUGAAGAAGACAGGCAGCAUCUCAAGGAGUGCUAUCUCUUUGAUGAGGCGGACAAUCCAAAGGCUCCUAUAGUGCUGUAUUUCCCACUGGUAUGCGACACUUUUCAAAAAUACAAAGCACCUGGUGUGGAACGCAGUCCUGAUGAGAUGGAGGAGGGCGAAGCUGAUGUUACCAGCACUAUAUUUUCCCCUUAUGCCACUGGUUUGGUGCAGUAUACAGAGGAGGAUUUCAACAAGCUGUUGAAUUUGACCAACUACAAUAUCCUCAAUAAUGAACAUAUGGUUCUGCAGGCUCUCCGUAUUGCCGUGGAGCGAAAGAAACGGCAGAAAAGGGAGUCUUUAUUUUAAUCACGUUAACCAUCUCAGAAUGCAUUUUCCUUAUUUUCUGGCUGUGGAAGCUACCGGAGGUGUUGGCCAGUAUUGCAUAUUUUUGCUGUUGGCCAGUAUUGAAUAUUUUUGCUGUUGGCCAGUAUUGCAUAUAGCUAAUGUUGUUAUUUUAUGUCAUAUAUACAAUACCUCAAGUGUGCAAAGGGCUGGACUUUGGAAUGGAAGUCCUGAACUGUGGCUAGGAUUGCCAGCCAGACUUGGCAACCCACUGGGAAGAUUUUAGGGGUGGAGAGAAGCACAUCAAUAUCGUGCAAGCAUGCGAUUCCACUUCUAGUGAAAACCAGAAGGGACGUCAUGACAUUGAAAGAAACUUUCUAGGUAUUGCUCAAAACUCUGUCGUUAAAUCACAGCAUCACCUGUGAUGCCUACAGCAUCCUCUUUGAUGUGAUAACCAUGUGCACCCCUCAUUUCCCCCAUUUUUUUCUGGCAGCCUUUGAGGCACUGGCUAGAAGAGGGGGAAAUCAUGCCCCCCCCCCGCAGUCCUGGCUCACAGGGGAGCAUGGAGAUUUGCAUUUGAAGUAUACAUUCUCAUGUAAAGGGGGAGCUCCUAGGACCAUUAAGUCAUGAGUUUAAAAAAAAAUAACGUAAUGGCACCAUUGAUAAGAAACUGCAUUCCAUCAGUUUAGGCCUGAAAAGUAUGCAGACGGAGAGUGAUUUCAGCUAAGCAUACCUUUAUUUAGUUCAG